AUGACUGAGAACAUUCAGAUAGACACUUACAAGUGUCUGAAUUAUCAGGUUGUGAAAGAAUCUAAGAAAGAGUUAGAAUUUUCAGAGACAACAGAGAAGAUGAUGAUGAAGUUUCUACAUGAUGAGAUCUAUAUCAACUAUGAAAUGCCACAUGAGAUUCUAACUGAUAAUAAUGUGAAUCUUGUAGAAGAAGCAGUGAGGCAUUUCAUGAUGAGCAAGUCUACAAGACUAUGA